AAUAAUUUAUUGGCAGCCAUUAGUAGGUCAGCGAUCCUUAUCACUUAGAUCUAAACAAAAACCUUCUGCUGGUCUGGAGAACUGAAGGAAGCUAAAAAUGUCCCUCAAGCUGUACGUUGAUCGGAUUUCUCAGCCUUCCCGUGCACUUGUCAUCUUCUGCAAGGUGAAUGGGAUCGAGUUUGAGGAGGUAAAAAUUGAUCUCACCAAGAAGCAGCAUCACAGCCCUGAAUAUGCAGAAAUAAACCCUAUGAAACAAGUUCCAGCCAUUGUGCACGAUGACCUGAAGCUAUUUGAGAGUCAUACAAUACUCGGCUACCUUGCUUCUGCAUUUCCGGUUGCGGAUCACUGGUAUCCAUCCGACAUUCGGAAAAGGGCCAAGGUCCAAUUGGUGCUGGAUUGGCACCACUCGAAUCUUCGCCGUGGUUCAGUCAGUUACAUCUUUAACACGCUUAUCGCGCUAGCUGUCGGUGCGCCCAUCAACCUCAGCGCGGCAGCUAAAGGCGAAAAGCUGAUGUUGGCAUCAUUCACAACUAUCGAAUCCUUCUGGCUUGAGGAAGACAAGCCUUUCUUGCAUGGGAGUGCUCAACCAUCCAUAGCUGAUCUCUCCCUAGUCUGCGAAAUCAUGCAGCUCGAGUUUGCCGAAGAGAGCGAGCGCGAGCGCUUACUGGGGCCUCACAAAAGAAUCUUGAAGUGGAUCGAGGACACAAAGACGGCAACUGCGCCUUAUUUCGACGAAGUUCACGCAGUAAUAGCACCAAUCAGAGAGAAGCUGCAGGGACUGAAAGCUCAGUUGGGGAAGUAGGGGAGGAUGUCACAGCAAUCAUAUGACAUAUAUAUAUAGACAAUACAUGCUCGGAUGGCACGAACAACGGGCAGUUAGAUUUCCUCCUUUUGUCCAUCGCCUGUGAUCCGAUAGAAUGUAUGUUGAUGCACUUUGCUAUGUAAGCUAAUGACUAAAAAAGACAAUAUAUGAAUGCUUCAUAAGGUAAUAAAUCAUAUAGAUGUUCUAAA